AGAGCCGAAGUUGCUGCAUUUAGCUGGGAGUGGGCGGGUGCAGAGUACAGACAAGCCUCCCUGCGCUCUCCCUGCCCCUCCCUGCUCCCGGAGACACAAGAGCCCGAGCUCUCUGCCCGCGGUCUCUUCCCCCAGCCGCCGCCGCCGCCGAGAUGCCGUCCUCCGUUCUGGAGCUAAUGAACGGCCAGGUGCUCCCCGCCUUCCUGCUCUGCAGCGCGCUGCUGGUCAUCAAAAUGUACGCGGUGGCCGUUAUCACCGGCCAAGUGAGGCUGCGGAAGAAGGCUUUUGCCAACCCCGAGGACGCUCAGAGACACGGAGGCCUCCAGUAUUGCCGGAACGACCCAGAUGUGGAACGCUGCCUCAGAGCCCACCGGAACGACAUGGAGACCAUCUACCCCUUCCUGUUCCUGGGCUUUGUGUACUCCUUCCUCGGACCGAACCCCUUCAUCGCCCGGAUGCACUUCCUGGUCUUCUUCCUGGGCCGCAUGAUACACACCGUGGCCUACCUGGGGAAACUGCGGGCACCCACCCGCUCCCUGGCCUACACCCUGGCCCAGCUCCCCUGCGCCUCCAUGGCCCUGCAGAUUGUCUGGGAGGCAGCCCGCCAUCUGUGACCAGCCGUGGACACCACCUCGGCCGCCAGACCACUGGCCAUGAGCCACCGGGGCUGAACCUGGGGGACCGAUGGCCCCUUUGAGAUUGUGACAGGCCCCGGGGCCGGGUUUCCUGGCAACUGGCUGAGCACGCGAUCUUGGCCCCAGGGGGCCUGUGUGUGUUUGCCCGUGUGUCCCCUGGAUUCCUGGGUGAAGCGGCUGGUUUGGAACUGUUUAGAGAUGGACUGUCACGAUUGAUAGAAAAUUCUUCCACUGUAAAAACCUCCCUCCCUCCCUCCUCCUCCCCAACGCUGGAAAAAGCGAACAGAGACUCAGUUCACGUUUUGGAACCUAACGACCUUCUGAAUCCAGGGAUGUAAUAAAUGAGGAGUUCUCACCUCCACCGCA